AUGGCUGACACCAACCCCGGUAACUUUGCCAACCGCCCUACUGAGGAGGUCCGUGAGAUCGCCUCCAAAGGCGGCCACGCUGCCCAAGGCCACACGGGAUCUGCUUUCACGCAGGAGCGCAACCCCGACGGCACCUUCGCCGGAAACAAGGAGGAAGAGUCUCACCCGCCGGGCCGCAACCCGGACGGCACAUUUGUCAAGGGCAGCGAGGCGGCCAAGGAGGCCGGCCACAAGGGUGGUAUCCACUGA